CUAGCAAACUUUUACGGCUGUCCCUUGCUUGGGAACGACAGCUGAAGCCCGCCCUUUGCACCAGAGCCCCUCGGACGCAGGGUGCAUAGCUUAAGGACGCGCAAAUAUUUAAAUACAGUGAGCUCCGGACCUUGAGGAUGACAUAACAAGGCCUGCCGAGCUCCUGGAUGCCAAUUCUGUUCGCAGCGUGUCCCUUGGCACUCCGGCUGUGCCGAUACCGAUGUCAAAGCGAGCACGGGAGCAUGCAAAGGCAGCGAAGCCACAGGUGGAGGUCAUAGACCUGCUGGACUCCUCGGCGUCGGAGGACGACCCCGAUGACCCGGACGUAGACCUCGAGGCGCUGGAGCAGGAGGACGCGCCGCCCACGAAGCGGCUCCGCCGUGGCGCUGGCAGCACUGCAAGCCGGAUGGCUCAGCGCAAAGCAGCAGCCCCGCCGCCUGCGCCGGUUGCAGCGGUAGGCGCAGGCGGCAAGCGGGGAGGGGCAGGCGUGGCGCCCCCGCCGACGGCGACGGUCCUGUCAGAAGAGUCUGGGCGCGGCGCCUCGCAGCACACAUUGUCGCAGCAGCAGGCGGCAGUCGGGGGCAAGCAAUUGCGGCAGGGCACGCUCGCGCCCUUCAUCGUCGCGCCCAAGCGCUCCACGCUGCCCCUGCAAACCCUCAACGCCGGCGGCCAGCGGAAACCAGGCCGCACCAACGGCAUCCAGCAGCAGCGGGGCGCGGGCGCCACGUCGCCGUCCUCCCAGCGCUCUCAAGCCUCUCAAGACGAAGAUGUGUGCGCAGUGAUAGGGUCGCAGGGCGCGUCACAGCAGAUGGUCAGCUCGCAGCAGCCCGCCUCACAGCGCCUGAGGCAGCUACCGCUAGCGCUGGUGCGCAGCGCUGACGGCACCGGCCCUGGGCCGGGCACCAAGUCCGGGCAAGCUGCAGCUGUGGCGACGGCUCCUACGCAGCGCGCGUGCAGCGUUAGGGGUGUAGCAGCAGGGUCUGUGGCGGCGGCGCAGGGUAGCACACAGGCUCGGCCGCCCGCAGCGGUGGCUGGGCCGCGCCAUGCCAGGACCGGCAGCGGCGGCGGCGGCCAGGGCGCAGGUGCGGGUGCUGAGUUUGACCUGGUGGGCAGCACGGCCCCGGACGAGCCAGGUUCAAGCGCCGCUGCCCAUGCUUCCACACGACGUCCAGGACCCAUCGGCACAGCAUCUCGCAGUGGCACAGCGCCGGCGACGCAGCGCGCCACACAGGUUGGGGCUGCUGCUCCCGCAGCUGCUCCCGCUGCCACAGCGGCUGGUCUCGGGUCUGGACCUGCACCAGGGCCGGACGACAGCGGCAUGUGGCACGAGCGACACGCGCCGCGCAGUGAGGAGGAGCUGUCCCAGGUGCUGCACCCCAAAAAGGUGCGGGAGGUGCACGACUGGCUGGAGUCCCAACGCCAGCAGUUCGCCGCCCGGGCCGCCGCAAACACAGCAACAAUGGCCGCAACCGCGGCUGCGUCAGCGGUGGCCCGGGGCGGGGGUGGGGGCGGAGGCGGCCGGGUGCCGCCGCAGCCGUGCCCCCGGCCUCGGCCGCAGCCGUGCGGCGUGGCCAUCCUCACGGGUCCGGCGGGCUGCGGCAAGAGCAGCGCGGUGCGGGUGCUGGGCGAGGCGCUGGGCUUCGAGCUGGUGGAGUGGACGCCGCCGCCGCCUCUGCUGUGGCACGAGUAUCAGUACCAGCGUGCCGGCGGCGGCUACGGCGGGGAGUAUGGGGGCGGUGAUGGGCGGGGUGGCGGCGGCGGCGGGUACCAGUCCAAACUGGACGACUUUGAGGCUUUCGUGCGGCGGGCCAAGUUCCCCGCGCUGAGCCUCGCGCCCGCAGCCGCCAGCACGCAGACCGCCAGCGCAGCUGCAGGAGGGUCCCAAGGUACGCCUGCAGCACGAGUGGCAGUGCCAGCGCGGCCCAAGCUGCUGCUCCUAGAAGACCUGCCACACACACACGACAUGGAGCGGCGGCAGCGGCUGGCGGCGGCUUUAAGGGACCUGGCAGCGUGCGCGCGGGGACCCAUCGUGCUGAUAGCGACGGAGGUGGAGGGCGGCGCGUCAGGCAGUGGGCCAGGCGGGGGCGGUGGAGGCGGGGGCGGAGGCGACGGGGGCAGCAUGGGCGGUGCCAGGGGCCUGCACAAGGACCUGCUCGCGGCGCUGGACGCUGCUAGCGCGCACACCAUAAGCUUCAACCCAGUCACCGCCAACAAUAUCUCCAAGCUGCUGCUGCGUGUGGCGGGCGUGGAGGGGCUGGAGCUGUCACCGGUGGCGGCGGUGGGGCUGGCGGAGGCGGCGGACGGCGACGUGCGGUCGGCGCUGCAGUCGCUGCAAAUGCAUGCCAUGCUGCACAAGGCGGCGGCUAUGGGGCAGCAAGUGGCGGGCGGCGGCGGCAAGGGCAAGGGCGGGAAGGCCGCCGGCGGGAGGGGCGGCAAAGGCAGGGCAGGAGGCAGCAGUAGCAGGGGCGGGCCGAGCAUCACCAAGCAGUUACAGGAGGGCCGGCAGACGGCGCUGUCUGCUGGUGAAGUGGCGCGACUGGCGGCGGCGCAGCGUGACCUGGGCCUGCCGUUGUUCCACGCCCUGGGCAAGUUCCUGCACAACAAGCGCGGUGGGGCAGUGGCGGGCGGCGCCGGCGCAGCUGGUGUCGGUGGCGGCAGCGAUGAUGAGGCAGAGCAUACGCACGCGCCGACGCAGGCGGGCGGUGGACGCAGCAAGAGCGCCAAGGAGGAUAGCAAGGCGCUGCAGCAGCUGAACGCCCACGCGCUGCAGUCGGGGCGGCUGUGGCGGCUGGAGGGCGACACGCGGGCGGUGCAGCUGCCGGCCAGGCUGCAGCGGCCGCCCAUGCGCUACGACCCCGAGUCCAUCAUCUCCCGCGGCGGCCUGGAGGCGCCCAGCCUGCUGGCCUUCCUGCACGAGAACUACCCCGGCUUCGUGGCGGAUAGCGGCGCCCCGGAGCGGCAGCAGGCGGCGGGUGCGAGCGGUGCGGGCGGGCCACAGGGGCUGGCGGCUUCGGAGGCGGUGGACGACGUGGCCACCAUCGCCGCCUACCUGAGCGACAGCGCUGUACUGUGCGGCCAGUCGCGGUCCAUCGCCGCCGCCACCGCCUUUGGCGGCACCAGCCUCUGGCACGACGACUCGCCCGGCGGCGUUAGCCUCGCCUCCGCCGUCGCCGCCUCCGUCGCCGCGCGCGGGGUCAUGUUCGGCAACAGCUGCCCCGCACGCAACCGCUUCGCACCCAUCCGCGCGCCCGCCGCCUUCGCCAUUGACACCGCCGCCAACAACAACCGGCAGCACGUGCGCGCGGCGGCGGUGCGGCUGGCCGCGCACCCAGCCGCCGGCGCCGCCGGCGUCGCCUCCGGCGCCUUUGGCGGCAGCGCCUCCGACCUGGUGACUGGCGUGAUGCCGUGGCUGAGGGUGCUGGUGCAGUGGUCGCCGGGGUACGCGGCGUGGCUGGCGGGCGCGCUGCCGAGCAGCUGGAGCUACUUCUGGAACGGUGCGGUGACGGAGGGCGCAUUCCUCAGAGCCGUGGCGGCGGUGCCGCAGCCGCAGCCGCAGCAGGGGUGGCAGGGCCAGCAGCAGCAGGGGUGGCGGGGGCCAGGGGCACACGGACAUGGACAGGGGCAAAGGCAGCGGCAGCAGCUGGUGGGCGGGGUGGAGGGGAUGAUGGAGCAGCUAGGCCUGGGGGAGGAAGGCGGGCAGGAGGAGGAGGACCCCAUCGAGGACUGAGGGGAUGGUGAUGACAUCUGACGUCAAGGUGGUGCUAGAUAGGGUGUUUCAAGAACCGCGUAUGCAACUGCUUGUGAUUGAAUGGACGAGAUACAUAGUAUACAGUAGGUUGGCGCGGGCGCUCCGUUAGUUUCUUAUCAAGGUCGCAGUGGUGUGCUUUAACAAUUAUAUUCAUGACGGCGGCAGGCAGACAUGGCCCCAUCCCCCCUGCCCUGGGGCUCCGUUUGAAGCCAGAACUUUGCGAGUUUCAUAAGGCCCGUUCCGGGUGGAGUUCAAAUGCACAUGCGCGAAGGUGCUGGAGGUGCGUGAGGUGUCAGUCAUUAGGCUAGGGUGGAUAUAUGUCGGUCACUGCUGCUAUGGCAUCAUGUAUCAGCGCAAGCUCCGUCUCGUGACGGCGCAGGCGGAGAUGAACAAGUCUGAGCGCUUUCGUGUGGUGAGGCAUGGCUGAUUGGGCAGUGUUUGGCGGAGCUGAGCUGAGCAGCCGGCUUGAGAUUGUGUCUGUAGCUGGUAGUGUUACACCACAGUAUAUGGGCCUGCAAAACCGAUAAGACACGCGGCGCGGAGGCAAAGCUGUGGCGGGAGACGUUCACUUGAACCUAGGGCAGGUCGGACACGAAGGUGUGUUUAUGCACGUACUGCAAUAUCCUCUGACGUGGCAGCAGGCUGGCGUCCUUCGUCCUAGUGCUCUGGUGCAAGGGCUGCAUGAGCUUCAUACAAUCAUGGCUGAUGGCUAUGACCUAUACUAACAAACAGGGCACAACUGUUAUCGGAGUGCCGCCUGUGCUGUUACACACUAACACACGUGCGCUGGGCACAAUACCGUAUCUCUC